UAAGAUGCCUUACACUGGGUGAGUACAGAAGUCUAACUGCUUAUGCUGACCCUUUGUUUACCCACAGACAUGACAGACUCUAACAAGAUGAUCAUCAACUUGGCCCUCUUUGGCAUGACUCAGAGUGGAAAAAGUUCUGCUGGGAACAUUCUUUUGGGAAGCACUGACUUCCACAGCAGCUUUUCUCCAUGUUCUGUGACCAAAGAUUGCUGUCUGGGCCGCAGUUGUCACCUCUGUGGCUUCAUGCGUCGAGGGGGGCAAGAGAUAACCCUGCAGAUCCAGGUGUUGGACACUCCAGGUUAUCCACACAGCAGACUGACCAAGAAGCAUGUGAAACAGGAGGUCAAGGAGGCCCUGGCACAUCACUUUGGGCAAGAGGGUCUCCAUCUUGCACUGCUGGUCCAGAGAGCAGACAUGCCUCUUUGUGGACAGGAAGUAUCUGACUUAGUCCAGAUGAUUCAGGAACUUCUAGGACAUGCUUGGAAGAAUUACACUGCCAUUCUUUUCACCCAUGCAGAAAAAAUAGAAGAGGCUGGGUUCAGUGAAGAUAAAUACUUGCAUGGGGCCUCCGAUACACUGCUAACUCUGCUAAAUUCUGUACAGCGCAGAUAUAUUUUCCAGUAUAAAAAAGGAAACUCACUUAAUGAACAAAGAAUAAAAAUCUUAGAAAGAAUCAUGGAAUUUAUAAAAGAAAAUUGUUACCAAGUUCUUACCUUUAAAUAA